UGACAACUCAUUUUGCCCUUCACACCUUCUUCCGACUGUUCUCCGAUGCGGUUUACGGCGAUUCUUCUCUGUACUGUUAUUCCUACCCUUACCGGUGAAGACUUCGCCCCAGGACCUGUUGAACAUCGCAUCAACAAGCGGUAUGAUUAUUAUUCGGAUCUUUGCAGUUCUGGUUACAGUUAUUACAGUAGCUAUGGCGUAUGUCCCUGCAACGUAAACGUGAUCGUCUGCUGUUGCCCAACCCAAACCCAGGGUACCCUCCACCCAUCCGGGGCCACCCUACAGCCCCUGGUACCCACAAUGGCACCAGUUCCUAUAACGAUGGGCUCUACAAAAUUUAACAUUAUCGGUUCUGUGAUUAUUGUGCUUACGGUAUUCCAUGUGUCCGUUUGAUUUGACCGUUACUUUGGC